AGGGAUCACUGGCUACGCUUGUGAGUGGCGAAAGGGGAGAAGGAGAGACACACUGCAAACCGCCUUUGUGCUACCCUCAGAUAUUCUCACCGUUCAGCUUUUUUUUUGCCUCUCUUGGAAAGCUACAGCGGACGCCCCUGUCGUUUAAACAAGGAGCACGCACUUGUACUCUGAGCAACUGAACUGGACCAAACUUCUUACGUUAACGUUAGCAUAUAACACUCAUCAGUCGUUGACCCACCAUUGGGCUAAAAGUUUGAUUUUGCUAGCUGCUACUAACAAACAUCGUAGUCUACUCGAUUGUCUCGAAAACACUGGCUUGCAAAAGUUACGUUAUAGCAUAAAGUUGCACAUUUUUUCAGUAAGGCAUUGGCCAACAUUUUGAUUUUCGCUCUGUAAUCGACAAUUACUUCACUAAGACAGCUUGUGAAGUCAAGGCAUUGCUCUGAUUUCCAGCUUGGGCUCACUGGUGAGUCGUUUCUGAAAAAAGGCAGCUGCUUGGACAGUAACGAAUUUUGACUUAGAGGGCGUUUUGUGCAAUUCACUCUAACUCUAAUCACAACGUCUGUGGUGAAACAGUGAUUUGAAGAUAAAAUGGCCGGUUCGAACAGCGUUGAGGCGGUGAAGCGCAAGAUUCAAGUUCUACAGCAACAGGCGGACGAUGCCGAAGAGAGAGCAGUGAGACUGCAGAAACAGGUCGACGAAGAGAAACGAUCAAGGGAACAGGCUGAGUCUGAGGUGGCCUCUCUGAACAGGCGUAUCCAGCUGGUUGAAGAGGAGUUGGACAGAGCCCAGGAGCGGCUGGCCACAGCCCUGCAGAAGCUGGAGGAGGCCGAGAAGGCCGCCGACGAGAGCGAGAGGGGUAUGAAGGUGAUUGAGAACAGAGCCCUGAAGGAUGAGGAGAAGAUGGAGCUGCAGGAGGUCCAGCUGAAAGAGGCCAAGCACAUUGCUGAGGUGGCUGACCGCAAGUACGAAGAGGUGGCUCGUAAGCUUGUGGUCAUCGAGGGAGAGCUGGAGCGCACAGAGGAGAGGGCAGAACAGGCUGAGGCCAAAUGUGCCGAACUGGAGGAGGAGCUGAAAAAUAUCACCAAUAACUUUAAGUCCCUGGAGGCUCAGGCUGAUAAGUACUCUCAUAAAGAGGACAAAUAUGAGGAGGAGAUCAAGAUCCUGACUGACAAGCUGAAAGAGGCCGAGACUCGCGCCGAGUUUGCUGAGAGAUCGGUGGCUAAGCUUGAGAAGACCAUCGACGACUUGGAAGAUCAGUUGUUUAUGCAGAAGUUGAAGUGCAAGGCCAUCGAAGUGCAAGGCGAAGAACUGCACCGUGCUCUCCGUGACGUGACCUCUGUGUAAAUACAGCAUAGGCAUGACCUUUGAGUGUUGUGUGUGUGCAGUGGAGUGAAAUGAACUGAUCUUUAGCCACUGUUUUGGCUUCUCGACCAGCCUGUUUGUUCAGCAGUAAGCGGUUAAUUUGGGUCAUAACAUUUUUAGUCAAGAAACCCGCCCUCUCCCGGCUCUUUUUA